GAGCGUCAGUUUGUGGUACUGAAUGUCGCCAGUUCGAUCCUGGUCGCUCGCCCCACUAAAACCCGAUAAUUUGAAAAACCGUCAUCCCGCUGCUUGUUAGCGGGAUCUAGAGAUACCGUGACGGUAUGACGUGGGGUUAGCUAUACAUUAGCCACUGAUGAUUGAAAUAGUUAAUUACUGUAAAAUUUGACAUUAACCGCUAAUAGUUAGAAUAUUAGUAGAGUAAGAAUUACUCAAGAAGGCAUGCAUAAAUAUGAUGUAGUAGUAGUAGGUGGUGGUCAUGCAGGGUGCGAAGCGGCUGCUGCGGCAGCUCGCCUUGGUACAAACACGCUGCUUAUAACUCAUAAAAUUUCAACUAUAGGGGAAAUGUCCUGCAAUCCAGCAAUCGGAGGAGUUGCAAAGGGUGUUGUAGUCAGGGAAGUUGACGCUCUUGAUGGAAUAAUGGGAAGAGCAAUCGACCGAGCAAGCAUACACUCAGUCAUUUUAAAUAGCAGCAGAGGUGCGGCAGUGUGGGGACCACGUGCACAGGCAGAUCGAAAAUUAUACAAGCAAGCAAUACAGGAAAUUAUUCUAAAUUAUAACAAUUUGACGGUAAAAGAAGAGUCAGUUGACGAUUUCCUUAUAGAGAGUAAUAACAAUGGAGAAUUGUGCAUUAAAGCUGUAAUAACAAGCUCAGGGGAACAUAUACUAACAGGAGAACAAACAACCCCUUCAGGGAGAAUGGGAGAUAAGCCUGCAGUAGAACUUGCAAAUACGUUGAAUAAAUAUGAUUUUAGAUUAGGUAGACUGCGUACCGGAACUCCACCAAGGCUUGAUCGUGGCACUAUAAAUUGGUCAAUAUUGCAAGAACAAGUGGGUGAUAAUCCACCUGUGCCGUUUUCUUAUCUCACAGAAAAAAUUAACCAACCUCAGGUCAGCUUCUUCGUAUCUAAGUGACGUUGUUGCGCCAAGAUACUGCCCAUCCAUUGAAGUUAAAGUGAAAAAAUUCGCAGAAAAAAGUAGCCACCAAAUAUUUUUAGAACCAGAAGGCCUGGAUGAUGAUACUGUAUACCCGAACGGAAUUUCAAAUUCAUUGCCCAUUGAAGUGCAGCGUGAAAUGAUAAAGAGUAUCAAGGGACUUGAAAAUGCAGAAAUACUAAGACCUGGAUAUGCAGUUGAGUAUGACUAUAUUGACCCACGAGAGCUGUUUCAUACUCUUGAAACCAAGAAAGUCAAAGGCCUAUAUUUUGCUGGCCAAAUUAAUGGCACCACUGGAUAUGAAGAAGCAGCAGGGCAAGGAAUUAUCGCCGGAAUUAAUGCAGCACUCUCUGCAUUUGAAAAAAAAGAAAGCUUUGUUCUCCAUCGUACAGAUUCGUAUAUCGGUGUAAUGAUAGAUGAUCUAGUCACUAAAGGGGUGAUCGAACCUUAUAGAUUAUUUACCUCGCGUGCAGAAUAUAGGCUAGCUAUCAGGUCAGACAAUGCAGAUAGAAGAUUAACACAAAAAGGUUAUGAUAUUUCCCUUGUUUCGCAUGAGAGAUACUCUGUUUUACAGAAUAAACUUGAAUCCAUUAAGCAGCUUGAAGAGAAGUUAGGGAGUCUGACGAUUACUCCUGAGCAGCUUAGGUCUUAUGGUAUCAAAAUAUCUUAUGAUGGGAUAAGAAAAACGGCACUAGAUUUACUUAGCUAUCCAAACAUCGACUGGAAUAAAUUACAAGAAAUAUGGCCGGAGUUAAGCAGCGUCACGCGCUGGAAUGACAAAAUGGGACACACCAAAGCGGAUAAUAGAGCUAAGAAUGAAAUAUGCGAAGCGGUUGAAAUUGAAGCAAAAUACAAACCUUAUCUAAUAAGACAAGAAGCGGAUAUGAAGUUUUUACGAGAGGAAAUUAACACUCAAAUUCCAAUUGAUUUCAACUAUUCACAAGUUAAAGGCCUGUCAAGUGAAGUAAUAGAAAAGUUGCAGACGAUAAAACCAGCGACGAUUGGCAUUGCAAAGCAAAUACAAGGCAUCACUCCCGCAGCGAUAGUGAGCAUAUUAGUGUAUUUGAGAAACAGGAAAACGAAAGUGGCUGCUAAUUUUGUAUGAGGUGUUCUAUGUCAAAAAUCGAAGAAUUUCGUUCUUUUAUGCACGAGAUAAACGUUGAUGCAUUUAUGUUGCAUACUAAAGAUGAAUAUUUAAAUGAGUAUUCAGAGGAGCUAACAAAGCUGUGUGGCUUUACAGGAACAAAUGGGCUACUUAUCGUUACAAAAGACAACAAGUGCCCAUUUUUUACGGAUGGACGCUAUAUCACACAAGCUCGCAAUCAGCUCGAUCGGGGCAAUUUUCAAGUAUAUAAUAUACAAGAAGAGGAUCCACGCGAAUGGAUAAAAGCAAACUUAACAUCGACUGCCUCACUAGGUUAUUAUUUGCAAUAUUUUACCAUAGAAGAUAUAAGAAAGUAUGAGAAUAUCUGUAAAUUAAUACCCUGUUUAGCUGGAAAAAAAAGUGACUAUCGAAAACAAGCAGUGGUUUUACAUUCUAUUGAACAUGCUGGUGAAAGUAGUAAGGACAAAUGUGAAAAAGUCGCUAAAAGUAUAGAUAAAGAAGCUGAAGCAGUGCUUUUAACUGAUCCAAAUUCAAUUUCAUGGUUAUUAAAUUUAAGAAACGAAAAUGCUAAAUAUACUCCAUGUAUAUUGGGUCGUGCUAUAUUGUAUAAAAGCGGUAAUGUUGAUUUGUUUAUUCAAGAUAAAGAACAUUCAACUAUAGAAGCAAAUUUAGGCAAUCAUAUAAAUAUUUUUGAUAUUAGUGAGCUAGAAAAUUCGCUGCACAAGCUAAAUUCAAUAGUCAUGGAUCCAAGCACAACUCCAAUGAGUAUCAUGGCUGUAAUAAAAGAUAAACAGGUAGCUGAGAGAGAAGAUCCUUGUCUAAUUUAUAAAGCAGCAAAAAACCAAACUGAAAUAGCUGGGGCUAUAAAUGCGCAUAUCAGAGAUGGAGUGGCAGUUACAAAUUUUCUAUAUUGGCUUGAAAAUAAUGUUGGUACAGAACUUGAAGCUGAAGAAAAGAUUUUAGAAUACAGAAAAGAGCAGAAUUUGUUUAAGCAACUAAGUUUUCCAACAAUUUCAGCAUUUAAUGAGAAUGGAGCAAUAAUUCACUAUCGUGCAAGCAGUAAGACGAAUAAAGUAAUUCAGAAAGAUGGACUGUAUUUGAUUGACUCUGGUGGCCAGUACCUUGACGGCACAACUGAUGUGACAAAAACUGUAGCAAUUGGCAAUCCAACUGAUGAACAAAUAACCCACUAUACAAUAGUACUCAAAGCUCACAUUGCUAUAGCAAGUGUCAUCUUUCCUCCUGGCACUACUGGUGGAGAAUUGGAUAUAUUAGCACGUACGCAUUUAUGGAAAUUUGGAAUGGACUAUAUGCAUGGUACAGGGCAUGGAGUAGGAAGUUACCUAUCAGUACACGAAGGACCACAAGCAAUAUCAAAGGGAAAUAAAGUGAAACUCACGCCAGGCAUGAUACUAUCCAACGAACCUGGCUAUUACAUUCCGGGAGAGUAUGGAAUAAGGAUUGAAAAUCUGAUGUAUGUUGAUAAACAUAAAAAUGGUUUCUUGGGAUUUAAACAACUAACCUCUAUUCCAUAUGAUAGAAGGCUAAUAAGUGUGCAAAUGCUUACUAAGGAUGAAAUUGAAUGGAUAAAUGGCUACCAUCAAUUUGUCUAUAAAAACUUAGAAAAUAGCGUCAAAGAUAAGGAGUGGUUAAAGAAAGUAUGUGACCCUUUAUAAGCAAAGGAGCAUUUUUUAUUAUUUAAAAAGUAUUAAUGCAAUUGUGACAGGUAGGUUAUAAUUAUGAUAGACAAAGGGCAAGGAGAUGAAUUUAUGAAGCAGUAUAUGGAUACUUGCAAAGAGCAAAUAGAAAAAUUAGCCAAGGAUCCUGAAUUGCUUAAUCAGGCUUUAAAACCAUUUAUGCAAAUGUCUCAGCAGCUUAUGGCUGGCGGUAUGUUAGAAGGGGCUAUGCCUGGCAUGAUACCUGAUUUGGGCAGUAUGGAUGUUAACAAGAUGAUUGCUCAGAUGAAGGAAAUGAUUGACUACAUAAGAGGUAACUAUAAGGAACUAAUGAAAGAGCGCAGCUCGCAGAUUCAAGAGCUUAAUGAAUCCAGUAAAAAGCUAAGAGGCUUAGUUAAAAAAUUGAUAGAAAAGAUCGAAAGUAAAUAAAUAACAUCUGGAUUUCUGUCAUUCUAUAUACAACUUUCUAGUUGGACGGUAAGUCGAGGUCAAUUAUUGAUGUCAUGAAAGUAGCUGACACUGGUUCCUUUAUGACGGCAGUGCCCAGAGGUGUCAUCCCAGUGCUUGACACUGGGAUCCAGUUCUUAUUACCUGGUGUAAAGUUAAGUUUCCUGGAUUCCAGUGUCAAGCACUGGAAUGACAGCAAUCCUACGUCAUACCGCGAUUCAUUCGCGGUAUCUUAGUAUAGAUUCCGCUAACAAGUAGCGGAAUGACGGUUUUUCAAAUCGUCGAUGAACCUAAGUCACUUUAGCUAUAGUAUCGGGAACGUAAUUGCACAUUGGUUUUACAAAUUUGAAAAUUAGUGUUAGAUAAAAAUAUAAACGCAAAAGGAAAAAAAAUGAUUGAACUUAGAGGUCCAGAAAUUUGUGCAGGCGGAAAUAAGAAAAAUUUGAUUGUUUUUUUACAUGGUUGGGGCUCAAGUGGCGAUAAUUUCAUUCACCUUGCUAAAGUUAUGAGCAAGUUUUUACUGGGUUCAUAUUUUGCAGUACCCAAUGCUCCGUUUGAAAGAGAAAUAGGUGAUGGUUAUCAGUGGUUCAGCUUGGAAGAUCGUAGUGAGGAAGCGCUAUAUAAUGGAGUAAAAAAUGCUACAUCAAUUGUAAAUCAUUUCAUUGAUACAAAAUUAAAGGAGCUUAAUUUAAAAGAUACGCAACUUUCUUUAGUUGGAUUUUCUCAAGGAGCAAUGCUUGCAAUACAUACAGCUCUCACCCGCUCUCAAUCCUGUGCAUCAGUUGUUGCAUACUCUGGUAGAUUUCUUUCACCUUCAAAAACUGCACCAGAGAUCAAGUCAAAACCUAACAUAUGUGUUAUCCAUGGUGAUGCUGACGACGUGGUACCUUUUUCGUCCCUCGACUUAGCGGUUAAAGCUCUGAAAGAAAAUGGAGUAAAUGUUGAAGGACACCCAAUUCAUGCAUUAGGGCAUAUUAUUAAUGAAGAGGGAAUAAAAUUAGGAGUAGAAUUUAUCAAGAAGAAUUUUAAAAAUUAAUUUUCAUGCACUUGUUUUGCUUUGGUUAUGGAUAUGUAGCUAAAUUUUUAUCGAAAAAAUUACUGAACUUAGGUUGGAAAGUCAGUGGCACAUCAAGAAGUAAAAAUAUACAAGAUGUAAUCCUCUUUAAUUAUGAGAAAGUUAGUCAAGAUCUGCUUAAAAGCGCAACGCACGUUUUAAUUUCUAUUCCUCCAGAUGGCGAUGAUGUUGUGGAGAGAUACGGUGAUUGUCUGCAAAAUGUAAAAUGGCUUGGUUAUUUGUCUGCAACUAGCGUCUAUGGUGAUCACUCUGGUAAUUGGGUGGAUGAGGAAUCUGAAACAAGACCUAUAGAAAUCAGAGGAGAAAAGCGCCUUAAAUCUGAAAAGAAGUGGCUAAAUAGCAAACUGCCUGUACAUAUUUUUCGUUUAGCUGGAAUAUACGGUCCUGGUAGGAACGUGUUAAUUGACUUGCAGCUUGGCAAAGCAAGAAAUGUGAAAAAAGAAGGGCAUUUUUUUUCUCGUAUUCACGUUGAAGAUAUAUCGAAUAUUUUAUUUUCUUCCAUGCAAAACAUAAAACCUGGUGAAAUAUACAAUUGUGCAGACGAUUUACCCACUACACAAUCUGAAGUGGUAAUAUAUGCGACCAAACUUCUCAAUGUUAGCCCUCCAGAACCAAUUGAGUUACCAGAUUAUGCACAGAGUUUUUAUUUAGGAUCAAAGAGAGUAAGUAAUGUUAAAAUUAAAAAAGAUCUUAAUGUCUCUCUAAUUUAUCCUAACUACAAGGUGGGAUUAGAGAGUUUGCACGUAAACAAAACUGAAAUCACAUCAGAAUGAUAGAUAGGCUUAUUGUCACUGCCAUUAAGUUAAGGAAAGAAUGGUUAAAAACUGAACUAAAAAGUCAGAAAUAAGUAUCCGUUCAGCGGAGUGGCAGAAUAAGGUAGACAAGGUGAUCUAAAAAGAUAAUCAUAGAGCAAAAGUGAAA